AUGGACUCAGGAAUUACAGAUAAUAUUCGACGUCGGAAACGAAGAGAACUUACAGCAGGACAAAAACAAGAAAUUGUUGAAGCAUUUGACCUUUUUGAUACAGAUAAGGAUCAACAGAUCAGUUAUUACGAAUUCAAGGUUGCACUUCGAGCACUUGGAUUUGAGUUAAAAAAGCAAGAGGUUCUAAAAACUUUGGAGGACUACAACAUCAAAGAAGAUUCUGGAAAACUACGAUUUGAAGAUUUCAAUGAAAUAGUGACAGAUAUGAUUUUAGACAGGGAUCCUGUCGCGGAAAUGGUACGAGCCUUCAAGCUGUUCGAUGAAGAUGAUUCUGGAAAAAUUACUUAUCGUAAUCUAAAAAAGAUCUCCAAAGAACUUGGUGAAAAUUUAUCAGACCAGGAACUUCGUGCUAUGAUAGAGGAAUUUGAUCGAGACGGAGAUGGUGCGCUUAAUUUGGAAGAAUUUAUGGCGUUAAUGACAAAGGAAAUAUAA